UACACUUUGAAGAUUUCACAUUUCACUUAUUUAGUUUAGUGUCUACUCAGCUACACCCUUGUGCAUUGCAUCUUUAAGUUGGGCUGGUAUAUAUUGUGCUGCAUGUGUCGGGCAAAGCUUUAAUGAGAAAUCUAGCGCUACCACCACUUUCUCCUGGUGGUACAGGGAAAUGGUGUCGUUUGAUGCACCGAGGAUUUCAUAUCCAGCAUUAUUCCCGUCUUCGAUCAAAACAGCUUUCACGAGGCAGAUCCACGGUAAAACCAUCUCGACAUCUUAGCUACACCAACCCUAAUCAUGCCGCUGAAACAUCGCCAUCUCCAACUACUCUAGCCAAAAACCCUGCGUACGCGAGUCUCCCACUGCGCGACAAAUCUAGAAAGGAAAGAGUCGUCAUCCUGGGAUCUGGCUGGGGCGGAUACACCUUGUCGCGCAAGAUAUCAACUGCGGAAUAUGACUGCACGGUGAUAUCGCCACGCUCAUACUUUGUCUUCACGCCAUUACUUACUGACACGGCGGCUGGAAAUCUGGACUUCUCGUCCAUUGUCGAGCCGUUGCGCGAUAAAAAAAACAAGGCAGAUUUCAUCCAGGCGGCCGCAAGAAGGGUUGAUUUUAAGAAAAAGGUCGUUAUUUGUGAAGCAAGUGUCGUCAAGUCCGGCGUUACUGAGACUCCGCGUGUCGAAGAGACGGAGCGCACAUAUGAAGAAGGGCCUGAAACAGGAUCGAUGCGUGGAAAGGAGCACCUGCGACAGUGGGAAAGGGGGCAGACAUUUGAAGUUCCAUACGAUAAACUGGUGGUAGCGGUUGGAUGCGUGAGCCAGACAUUCUCAACACCUGGUGUACGCGAAAACGCAAUGUUCUUCAAAGAUAUCGGUGACUCCCGCCGCGUUAAGCGACGGGUGAGAGAGUGUUUUGAGCUCGCUGCUCUGCCUAUCACGACGGAGGAAAUGCAGAAGCAUUUACUCCAUUUUGCGAUCGUUGGUGCUGGACCGACGGGUACAGAGCUUGCGGCGACGUUGCGGGAUUUUAUUACGAGGAAUAUGGAGGAGUUGUAUCCAAUGUUGAGAGGGAAGGCUUGUAUGACGUUGUAUGAUGUUGCGCCAACGGUUCUAAGUAUGUUUGACGAGUCGCUGUCGCGGUAUGCGAUGGAGACGAUGUCCAAGGACGGUAUUAACAUCAGGACGUCACAUCAUAUUGAAGGAUUGAGAUGGGGGCCACCGAAUACCGAGGGACCCCAUGAGAUGGAUCCUAAGGGUUGUCUCACUCUGAAAACCAAAGAGGAAGGUGAGGUCGGUGUGGGGAUAUGUGUAUGGGCGACGGGAAAUACGAUGAACAAGUUUGUCAAAUAUGCAUUGAACGAGGUGGAUGAUUUGCCAGAGCAGGUGAAGAAUGCCUAUCCCGAAAUAAAAAAUGGAUGGCGGGUCAAAAAGGCAGCCAAGGUUGGCGCGUUGCUCGUGGACGGCCAUUUCCGAGUUCAGCUCGAAAAUGAGACAAACAAUCAAAGCUUUGUUCUAAAAGACGUAUUUGCCAUUGGCGACAAUGCAAUGCCGGAAACCGGUGCACCGCCUGCUACAGCACAGGCAACAUCGCAGGAAGCAAAAUGGCUGGCGGAGCGGCUCAAUCGUCGGGAUAUCGACCAAGCACCUGGGUUUUCAUUUCGAAAUAUGGGCACACUUGCCUAUAUCGGUAACGCGAAUGCGCUAAUGCAGAUCCCACAUGAGAAGAAGAACGGCACACGACGAAACCCAUACCUUCCAGAGGGUUUGACGGGUAGAAUGGCAUGGUUAGUGUGGAAAGUGGCGUACUUGAGUAUGAGUAUCAGCUGGCGGAAUCGGAUGCGCAUAUUGUUUCGAUGGUUGAAUAACCGUGUGUUCGGGAAUGAUAUUUCGCGUUUCUAAUGCAUCGCUACUUCAAUUUCCUACAAGAGCAUUACACUGGCUAGUGGUUGAUAGAACGUUAAAACUUCGUGUUAUUCCGACAAGUCAAGACGGCAUUAACAACAUUAA